CUGCAAUUAGAGUAUACUCACUCGUAGUCUACUUUGCCGCUGCAAGCACGUUCAGAAAAAUCUUCACAACCAUAAAGAACCCCGCUACCAUGAGCGAAGAGGCUUCUUUUGUGGAGCGCCAGCCCCUGCUGUUCCCUUCGGCCGGGUCGUCUUCCGCGGGCUCGCAAACCGCGGCCUUCUCGCAAUACCUCAACCUGUUGGCGUCCGAGCUCACUGCUGCGCAUACCGCGAGGCCCGUGUACGAGGAAUUUUCAGCGUCCGUCGUCACAUCCCCCGCGGACCUACCCGGUGUGCGGCAGUUGGUUGCUGGGGGCAGUUUGGUGGAUGUUGGGGGCGUGCCAAACAUGGACAAUCCGGAGCGGCACGACAUUCAAUUCGACCUCCCCGAACUGGCCAAGAGCGUCGUGCAUGGAAGAACCACAACCAGCGGUACUAGUAGUGCAAGCAGCGCAGGAGCUGCCAGUUCUACUGCGGCAUCAACGGAGUCGUGCCAGUGCCUGGGCGCGUCGGCCGCCGCCCCCAUCGUGGCGGGGUGCAAUGCGGAGGGGAUUCUUUGCUGCACGCUCGUGGACGGUGGGGACACGGAAAACGCUGGCCAUUCGGACUCCAAGUACACGAAAAUCACGAGCGACAAGAAGUGGGGACCCCACGCACUGCAUGUGUACGACGAGGGCCCCCGGCAGCUCCUCGAGCUCCCGCCACCGGCAGGUCCCGGUCAGGAAGUAAUAGACCCCUUCGCAACGCGAAGGUACGAACCAAACGGAAGAAAAGUCGGGUGUCUUGCCAACCUCUACAUCGCGAAAAAUCAUGUAGUUCUUGCGACGGACAGUGUGAAGACUGUUGCAGGACCUCCUGCUUCGGCAGCACCAACUGGCGAUAAAGAUGCUGUGUUUACCUUUACAUCCACACAGAUACUCCGUGUCGAGGCAAAAAAACGCGUUCGCACGACUCCCAGAUAUUGUAAGGACAAAUCCCAUCGUCCCCGCAUAUUUUUACAGGAUAUUUCUAAAGAUGGGUGAUAUGUGUACGCAAAUAGAUCUGGCUUUGUUCCCACGCCAGACAGCACUACAGGCCGCAUCUCUUCGCUGCUAGCAGGCAGCUUCAAGAACAUUUGUGUUAACUUUAUGAGUGAAUGAUGCUACACAGUUUUUUGAGUAUGGGGAGGAGGGAUCGUUUUUCAUUUUGAUACGAGGAUACACAGCUUUACGCAGUGGUUGCGGACGACUCUGGAAGCCGAAAUCCUGCCGCAGCUGCAAAAAAAGUUGGCUCAGCAGCAAGCAGCACACGACCCGUCGGCCAAGUUUUACCCGGAUGAUCACACCAGCGACGCGCGGGGCUUGGGCCUGGGAGGCGUCAUUUUUGUCCGGAGCGGCUACGUGCACGGUCACGUAAUGCCGGACUUUUUGCCGGAAAAGAUCACCUCCGCGCAGCAGUGCAACGAUUGGCUCCGGUUUUUCCUGUGCGGCCCAGGGCACUUGGUGAUGUUCUCGACGCUUCUGGCCCUCCCCACCCCGGCGCAGCUGGAAAGGACACGGUAUGCGGGGAUGCACCUCCGCACGGAGCACACGCACUUUUUCGGCUCGGAGCGCUGCGCGAACCAGGGGGGCCACUACCACGGUGACGUCGUGCGGCAGCCGCCAGGGGCUGUGAAAGAAGCCACCAAUCAUGACCUUGAUGCCGAUGGUGAGCGGUACUUGGCGUCUUUGUUCGCGAACGCAGACAGAGAGAACCCUUCUUCAGCCGAUAUCCACUACGUAGCAUACCUGGCUCCAGCUGCUGAGAUCGUUCGCAUCAAUGACGCGGAGAAGAUACUUGCUAAACAGCAAAAAAACCUCCAGGUUGAGGGCGGUACUAUGAAAUAAAAGACCUAGCGCUUUUUUGCAUUCAGGGUGUAUUCAGCGAGAUUUGCGUGUUGUAGUUGCAAAUAGGCAAAAUUAACGCCAACUUGUGCAGGCACGCUAUGUAUAUGUUUUUGAUGAUACACUUGUUGAUGCUUUUGGUACUUGAGACCGUGUUUCUUGGUAGUCCCUUGUAUGCAUAGAAGACAACUCGAUGCACCGAGGAAAAUGUUUCGCGUGUAAUUCUUGUCUCUUGUAGCCCUGCGGAGAGGAGCGUGGUAGCUGAUUGAUUGUGCAUUAAGUUGCCGUCAGGGCUACUCGCUCGCUCGAGAAGUUUUGCUGUGUACGUUCAGGAUAACAAAGACCUGUUGGGUGUGCGACAAAGCAAAUCUCUUGGUUGGCAAUACACCCUGAAUGUUGUUGUGCUUUAUACUGUAAAAGACUCCAGCACCAGCGAAGU